GCCCUCCGCAGAUACGCCUCUGCCGCCUCCACCGCCGCUUUCGCUGGCCAGAAAGAUGCGAAUGGCAAAUAUACCGUGACCUUGAUCCCUGGAGACGGUAUCGGACCGGAAAUUAGCGAGUCUAUCAAGGACAUCUACGUUGCUGCCGAUGUUCCUAUCCAGUGGGAGGAAGUCAGCGUCACGCCGAUCCUCAAGGACGGGAAAACGGUCAUCCCCGACAAUGCCAUCCACUCUGUCAGGAAGAACACCGUCGCCCUGAAAGGUCCUUUGGCUACCCCCAUUGGCAAGGGCCAUGUCUCGCUCAAUUUGACCCUGCGUCGUACAUUCAACCUCUUUGCCAACGUACGGCCCUGUGUUUCUAUCAAGGGUUUCAAGACUCCGUAUGAUGAUGUCAACACUGUUCUGAUCCGGGAGAACACUGAGGGCGAGUACUCGGGUAUCGAGCAUGAGAUCGUCGACGGUGUAGUGCAAUCGAUCAAGUUGAUUACCUGGGAGGCCUCCGAGCGCGUUGCUCGGUAUGCUUUCAACUACGCACAGACCAGCGGCCGUAACCGAGUGACUGCGGUUCACAAGGCCAACAUCAUGUGCGUGGGACGGGUCUCUUUUUCAGAUCCUGUUCAUCAAACGCCCCUUGUAGGAAAAUGUCAGAUGGCAUGUUCC